CCAAAUUAAGUUUUUUCAGCUCAGCGAGCCACCACAAGCAGAACAGCAUGUCUUCUAUGAACCGCCUGAACAGCAGCAAAUCUGGCUGGAAGAAAACCAGGCCUAAGAAUAAGGAUCAAUACUUUACAGAUGUUCACGGUCUGCCAAGCAUUGAGAAGCUGAUAUGUUCUGCAGACGAAACCCCAGAGCCCAUUACGACCACUAUUACAGGUAACGUCCCUAGCUGGAUCAAGGGCAAUUUCCUCAGGAACGGACCUGGGAAGUUUGAGAUCGGAAGAAGCAGUUUCAACCACUGGUUUGAUGGCAUGGCGCUUUUGCACCAGUUCCACAUUGAGGAUGGAAAAGUGACCUACAUGAGCCGAUUCCUCAACAGCGAUAGCUAUAAGGAAAACCUAGAGCAUAACCGCAUAAUAGUGUCUGAAUUUGGCACAGUGGCAAUGCCAGAUCCGUGCAAGAACUUCUUCCAGCGCUUCCUCUCACGCUUUGAGCUGCCAAAACUAAGUGACAAUGCAAAUGUGAGCUUUGUUCAGUAUAAAGGAGACUACUAUGUCAGCACAGAGACCAACUUCAUGCACAAAAUAGAUCCAGAAACACUUGAAACAAAGGAAAAGGUGGACUGGAGUAAAUUUAUUGCGGUUAAUGGGGCUACAGCUCACCCUCAUGUGGAUUCUGAUGGAACGACAUACAACAUGGGCAACUCUUACACUGUUAAAGGUGCUUUUUACAACAUAAUAAUGGUGCCCCCAAACAAGGAAAACCCAAAUGAUACAUUGGAAGGAGCGUCAGUUGUGUGUUCAAUCCCAUCAGAGGACAAGUCCAAACCGUCCUACUAUCACAGCUUUGCCAUGUCAGAGAACUAUGUGGUAUUCAUCGAGCAGCCAAUCAAAAUGGACCUUCUGAAGAUUGUGACAGGGAAAUUGCGUGGAAAAGGAAUUAAUGAAGGUGUUUACUGGGACCCCAAACGAAACACAGUUUUCCAUGUGAUCAAUAAGCGCACAGGAAAGCUGAGCCUUGUCAAAUAUUACACAAAGCCACUGUCAACCUUCCACCAGAUAAACUGCUAUGAAGACAAUGGUUUCUUGAUUAUGGACAUGUGCAGUUCUGAUGAUGGCCAAGCAAUAAACAACUAUGUAAUUCAGAAUCUUAAAAAGUCUGGGAGUGCUUUAGAUGAGGUAUAUAACACAUUGUGCAGAGUGUUUCCUCGCCGUUUUGUCCUGCCAUUAAACGUGGACAGUGACACACCCCAUGGGGAAAAUCUCAUCACAUGCUUCAACAGCACUGCAACAGCAAUCAAGACAGACAAUAACAAGGUGUUUUGCACAUAUGAAGAUCUCCAUGGUGAGGAUCUCCAUGAAUACGGUGGACUGGAAUUUCCACAUAUCAACUAUUCAAUGUGCAAUUCACACCCCUACCGUUACUUCUACGGAUGUGGCUUCAGACACCUGGUUGGAGACUCUCUCAUUAAAAUGGACCUUCAAGGCAAACAAAUAAAGGUGUGGAAGCAUGCAGGCAUGUUUCCUUCAGAACCGGUCUUUGUAUCUUCACCGGGUGCUGUAGAAGAGGAUGAUGGAGUCAUUCUGUCUGUGGUCAUCACCCCUAAUCAGGACAAGAGCACCUUCCUUCUAGUGCUGGAUGCGAAGACAUUUGAAGAAUUGGGCCGCGCUGAAGUACCAAAAAACAUUCCUUAUGGAUUCCACGGGACCUUCCAAUCAUAGACACUGAGAGAAACUUUUAAAGAACAGAUGUUUUAAUAUAACCUGCUCUUACUUAUUCUUUUCUCUCUUUAAUUUGUAUUAUAUUAUUUGUCAGUCACUUGAAAUGAAAGAAUGAAAUACCUGUAGAUACAUGCAGUUGUUUAAUAAGUCACUACAGAUUGUGAAUGUCAACACAACACUUUAUUUCAAUAUAAUUCCUAAAUAUUUUUUCUAAUUUUAUAAAGUAUUAACUUGUGAAGUAUAAUAUGCACAUGUAUAAUCAAUGUCUUAACAAUGUCUGAUGGAUUGAUGUGUGUAAAGUGUACAUUACAUAAAUAACAAAACACCACUGAAAA